AUGUCUCAAAACUUCCUUCCCCAUUCACUCCCCAAAGGUGUUAAACGAAGGCUUGUUGGUCUUUCAGAACAGGGCAUUAAAAACAAGCAAAAAAGAAAGAAUAUUAGAAAGAAUCAAUGGAAAGAGAAGGAUUUCAUUCUCUUUGGUCUUCAAGAUUCGAAUAAUGUUGAAACUACACACAGGAGCAGACGAAAUACAAGUAUUCCUAUGAAACGAGGAGAUCAUGAUGAAGAUUUUGCGCAUUUGCCUUGGGAAAUUUAUUUUCACAUUUGUUUGUUUUUGGAUUUGAAUGAUCGAGUGGUGAAGAAAUUAUUGUUGAUCAGUUCAGAGAUUAGUUGUAAAAUGUUGGGUGUUUCUAGUUUGAAAGAGAUGGAAGUGGAGAAGGUGAGAUCGAGUCCUUAUUAUGAAUUGUUGACCUUCUUGGCUAUUCGAAAUGAAAUUGAAAGGUUUUCGAAUUACGCGAAUGGAAAGGAAAAGUUUGUUAAUAGGAAGAAUGAUUUGGUAUCUACAAGUAAGGAAUUGAAAACGAAAUGGAAUCAAUUACAAUAUAAGGAGCAAGUUUAUUUUUACUAUUAUGCUAAAAAAAGCGAAAUGAAGAAACAAAUUCGAAACCCCAAGUCAGAAUUUACUGCAUCAAAAGUUUUCUUUAGAUUGGAGAAUUCUAUUAGAGACCUUAAUAAGUAUUUCCCUCACUGGUUAUCUUCAAAGGAGGAAUUUGGUGACACUACCUCAAUGCAUUCCUACAUUAAGCAACACAGAAAUGUUGAGAGAUUAUACGAAACAUUGCUUAAUGUAAAGAAGGUAGGAAUUCCAGUAGUUUCAUUUGGAGAUGAAGAGUUUGAAUUUUUCGAGAGUUUAGAUAUGAAAUUGAACUCUCUAUUAUUUGAUUCCAACAGAUUGAGACUCUCCAAAUCUAAAGUUAGAAACUGGAAACUAAUGUUUGAAAAACAAAUGGAAAAACGUCUUCAUCUUGAUUUUACAGAACAAGUUUUCAAAUGGACAAAGUUUUAUUUACUCAACGAGACCUCCCCUAAGCAUAGUGAAAAAUCUUUGCAAAUUGACUGCAAACCUUUGGAAGAAAUGAUACGAUUGGCAACCAAAAUGGACGAAAAGAAUUUAUUCUUCCAUCUGUUUGAAAGAAAUUACGCUCAUGGAGAAUUCAGAUUACUGAAACAGACCAAAAAUAACCCAAAAUUAAUGACACCAAGAACAAAUGAUUUUAUGAGCUUGUAUCAACAUGUUCUAGGAAGAAUUAUGAAGAGACGUGCAUUGGAUUUGAGCAAACCAAAUCUCGAGAUCUUUACCAAUUUUACAGUAUUCAUGAUUCAAAAGUGGAAAGAAUUUCACAUGUGGAAAUUUCCAAACUCAACCUUAACAGAGGAGGAGAUUUUUCACAUGUUCCUUAGUGAUGGUCCAAGAAAGUCUUUCACCAAUGCCUUGCUAAUGUUCAAAGCAAAGAUUAUUGAUUCUGUAAGGGCAGAGUUUCCUCAAUUCGAAUUUAAUGAACAACAUGUUGAUGAUUUGUUGGAGGAAGCACGACCACGAUCUAGAAAGAAUGGAAAAUUUAAAGAUCCCAACACAGAAAGGACAAAACAACCGAAAGGAACAAUGCCAAGAGGAAUAACCUGUAGCACUUAUUCUUACAGUGGUAGAGGUAGUGGAUUACCUAUUAGGGGUGGAAGAGGUGGAUUACCUAUUAGGGGUGGCAGAGGUGGCUUAUCUAUUAGGGGUGGAAGAGGUAGAGGUGGUUAUCUCCAAGCAAUUCCAGUUUCUACUUUACAACCAGUACAAACUCAACAACCAGGAUUUGUUCCACAACCAUUCCAAAAUUAA